UCAGAAGGUUACAAAAAUGGUGAUGUAAUAGCAUUGUUUCUUGAAAAUUGUGUUGAUUUUCCUGCCAUUUGGCUUGGAUUAAGUAAGAUUGGUGUUGUUACUUCAUGGGUGAACAUAAAUCUGAAAGCGGAACCACUCGCUUAUUCAAUCGAUAUUUCGAAAGCAAGUUCUGUUAUCACCAGCAGUGCACUAUUUCCGACACUGCAGGAUUUAUUCUCGUCUGGGAAAUUGAAACAGAUGAAAGUUUAUGUCACAGAUGACAUUUGUAAUAUUAAGAAUGGUAUCUUAUCAUUGGCAACAAAAAUUUCUUUAACUUCUGCCGAAGAACCGGUCGUUCAUAAAAAACCAACGUUCAGAUCAGUGCUUUGUUAUAUCUUUACAUCAGGGACGACAGGAAAUCCUAAACCGGCACUUAUAAAGCAUUACCGGUACUAUUGGAUGGCGAUAGGUGUGGCCAAGUCCUUUGGAAUUUUUACAAAAGAUCGCUUAUAUGUGAUGAUGCCGGUUUAUCAUAGCGCUGGUGGAAUCCUCGGUAUUGGACAGACCGUGUUACAAGCUCAAAAGAAGAUUAUGGAAGCAAAGGAACACAAAAUACGUCUCAUGUUCGGCAAUGGUUUGCGAGCAGAAAUUUGGCCCGAAUUCGUAAGUCACUUUGGUGUCCAGAAAAUCGGUGAAUUUUAUGGUAGUACAGAAGGCAACUCAAGCAUUGUGAAUAUAGAUAAUCGUGUCGGCUCGUGUGGUUUUAUUCCGGUGCACCCUUUUGUAAAAUAUUUGUAUCCUGUGCGUUUACUCAAAGUUGACGAUAAUACCGGUGAAUUAAUUCGUACAAAAGAUGGGUUUUGUGUGGCAUGUAAACCUGGUGAAACUGGUGAAAUUGUCGGUGUUAUUAAAGAAAGUGAACCUUUACUAAGUUUCGAAGGGUAUUUGGACGAGAACGAUACUGGGAAGAAGAUAAUAAGAAAUGUUUUACGUAAAGGUGAUGCUGUAUUUACAUCGGGCGAUAUUGUUUUUUGGGACGAUCUAGGAUAUUUGUAUUUCAAGGAUCGAAAAGGCGACACUUACAGAUGGAAGGGCGAAAAUGUCAGUACCACAGAAGUGGAGGGCAUUUUACAACUUUUGAAAUAUGUAACCGAUGUUGCUGUCUAUGGUGUAGGAAUACCGAAUAGAGAAGGUCGUGCUGGUAUGGCAGCCAUCGUUAUAGCAGAGGACGAGUUUUUGCAAGAUGUGAUAUGUAAAAUAACGGAACAUCUCAAGAAAAGUCUUCCAUCCUAUGCUAUUCCUGUUUUUUUACGUUUUUGCAAGGAUUUCGAACGAACAGGCACUUAUAAGCUUAAAAAAAAUCGUCUACGAAAGGAAGGAUAUGAUUUAUCACGUUUUAAUGAUGAAGUUUUUAUUUGGGACUACUCCAUUAAAUCUUAUAAGGUAUUCGAUGAAAGAUCACAGCGCCAAUUGAGCGAUGGUAUUUACGUGGGCAUUUGA